AUGUGGCGUUUUAGGUAUGAAGAGUUCGAAAGCUUUGAUAUGUAUUGUAUUGAUGCUGCUGGGGAUCACGUCGAUAUUGAUCGAAAACGGGACUUUGAAGGCCUCACCGCGCCAUACUGGGCGCGGUUGAAUCAAAUGAAGGAGACACAGCGGAAUCUCAGCGAAGAAAUUUCUCACACCUCGGGACUCACAAAUCCCUUGGAUAGUACUGUGAGCUUUUAUCAACAAAAGAAACUUUUAUCCGAGGAGGAGGUCACGGAUGAUGGACGUAGUACAGAGACUGUGAUACGUCUCUUCGUGCGCGACUCAUGUAAUCACCGUUGGGCUUAUUCACAUUUACAAGAUAAGAGUACGGGAAGGACUUCCUUAUCGUCCCUUUUUCACAUCGGAACGGAUGGGGGCAAUCCGAUGUUGGACUCUACGAUCAGCUCCGGGGGAGGUAGACUCACGUACUCAGAGGAGAUGCUCAAAAUGGUUGCGCCGAAGCGGAGAUCCAUCUCCGGGUCCUCUGCGCCCAACAUGUGCGAUCCAUGUACCAACCGAGGCCACGAUGAGUUCUGCAAUCUCAACCAACUCUCUAAUACUACCAGGAAUGAUGCCUAUAGUGGUUCUGCCACGUUAUCGGGGCCCUCUUUCUUCUCCCCCAAGCAUCAUUCCUUUUUAGAGAGCCUGCGGGUGGCGAACGCGUUGCCGGUGGCGGAUACCUUCCGUGUUUGCGUGGCGAACCAGCUCCAGUGGACCCGGAUGGCGGUGUUAGGGAAAGGCUCCUUCGGGACUGUCUACGAGGGCAUCACGACGGACGGAAAGAUCAUGGCGGUGAAGGUGCAGGAGCUGCCGAUCAACGACAACGCCGACGAGAUUCACGCGGUGCGAACGGAGAUGAACUUGCUCUGCUCCAUGGCGCACCGAAACAUCGUGACGUACUACGGCUGUCAAGUAAUAGAGCACGAGGGGGGCUCCCGUCAGAUGGAGAUCUUCCUCGAGCUCUGCCAUGGCGGGACGUUGACACAGCUGCGGCGGCGCUUUGAACGGGCGAAAAAGCCCUUUUCCAUUUCCCUUGUGCGGGCCUACACGCGGCAGAUCCUCGAGGGCCUGGCCUACCUGCACAGUUGCAACGUCAUGCACCGCGACAUCAAGUGUGACAACGUCCUCAUCUCCGCCACGGGGGAGGCCAAGCUGUCGGACUUCGGCUGUAGUAAAUGCAUCGGGACCGCCACCCUCGGGAGGGAGUUCGCCCGAGGAGGCGGGAAAGGGGAACGAGAAGGGGGGGACACCACCACUUCCUCCACCGCCGCCCACAAUUCCAUUGUUGGAUCCCCUCUUUUUAUGGCUCCGGAGGUGCUCCAAGCGAACGGCGCCGACGGUGGCGGGGUAGGGAACGGUGGCGGCUAUUCCAUGGCGGCCGAUAUCUGGUCCGUGGGCUGUGUCGUGCUGGAGCUGCUGGGCCGGGACCCGUGGAAUGUCUCUGGGCGGAACGUCUUCCAGCUUAUGUUCCACAUCGCCCAGGCGAAGGGCCUGCCGAAUGGGGUCCCGGGGUGCUGCCCGGCGGUGCUGUUGGACUUUUUUCACAAGUGCUUCGAGCGGGACCCUGCGCGGCGCUGGACCGCGGUGCAGCUCCUUAAACACCCCUGGAUGGUUUGCCCGGAGAGCGAACUCGAGGAGGUCUUAUCUGAUGAUGCCCGCGAAGGCUUAAAAAAUAAAAAUAAUAAACAACAACUAGAACAGGGACUUACUCCCUCUUGA